AUGUACAAAUUUGCAACAUACGCUUUAACCUGUUUCUUUUGUAAUUCCAGUGAAGACGUUGAGCUGAGACGUAUCUUUCCGGCUGAGUUCCCUCAGGACACAAUAAGGAGAAGCGGCUCAGUCGAUGCAGAACAUUUGGGCCGAUUCAAUGAAUUGGAAAGGUAUUUCAAGAAUCCAAAAACAAAGCUGAACAGUCAUUUCGAAGAAUUAGUUUGUUACAAUAACGGAAAUAAAAAGAUUUGCAAAAUUGAUGUCGAACGGUACUCACCUGAAGAGAAUGCAUAUUAUAUGUCAAGAAACAAAGAAAGUCAUAUGGACCGUCGCCGAGUCUACUGCCUAAUGUUACUGUGUUUCACCGAAGAUGAACUGGACAGGGUCGUCGCUUCAUUUUGAAAAACAUUAUUUUUAAAUAAAAUUAUUAUUCUACGCUACGACGCACCAGACUAUAAAUUUUGAGCGGAAACGAAUACUAAGUUAUUGGUUAGCGUAAAACUACAAAUAAUGCUCUAGUUAUUGUGAAUCUUCUUGAGCGAUAGUUCAUAUUAAAGAUCAAAUGGGUCAUAAUACCUUCUGUCUUUGAACGUCAAUAAAAAAAUUCACACGAUUGAAAAAA